AUGGAUGAGAGCAAGAUUCUGGCCAAGGCGACAGCUUGGGCCAAGGCCAACGAGGCCGCACCGAAACCAUUGAUCGGCACUGGCUACAACCCCAGUGUUACUCCCAGAGUUAUUCAGACAAACGUGCUCGAGAGCCCUGCGUGGUACACCAGCUACACCCCCUACCAGCCCGAAAUCAGCCAGGGCCGUCUAGAGUCCCUUCUUAACUACCAGACCAUGGUCUCUGAUCUGACGGGUCUGCCCAUUUCCAACGCCAGUCUUCUGGACGAGGGCACGGCCGCCGCCGAGGCGAUGACUCUGUCCAUGAACGCGCUUUCCAGCUCCCGCGCAAAGAGACCCGGCAAGACUUUUGUCGUCUCUCACCUCGUUCACCCCCAGUCUAUCUCGGUUCUGAAGAGCAGAGCCGAGGGCUUCGGCAUCAAGGUCGAGAUUUUUGAUGUCAACAGUGCUGACACCCAGGACAAGAUCAAGGCCUUGGGACAGGACUUGGUUGGUGUCAUGGUUCAGUACCCUGACACGAAGGGCAAGGUCGAGGACUUCAAGGGCCUUGCCGAGCUCGUCCACUCUCAGGGCGCGCUCCUCAGCGCUGCCACCGAUCUCCUUGCUCUGACGGUGCUCACCCCUCCCGGCGAGUGGGGUGCCGACAUUGCUUUCGGAAGCGCUCAGCGCUUCGGUGUGCCCCUUGGCUUCGGCGGUCCCCACGCCGCCUUCUUCGCCGUCAAGGAGGCCCAUAAGCGCCGCAUGCCCGGUCGUCUGGUCGGUGUCUCCAAGGACCGGACCGGUCGCCGAGCCCUGAGACUGGCACUCCAGACUCGCGAGCAGCACAUUCGCCGUGAGAAGGCCACUAGCAACGUCUGCACUGCUCAGGCUCUCCUUGCGAACAUGGCUGCACUCUUUGCCGUCUACCACGGUCCUAGCGGUCUCAGGGAGAUCGCAUCGAGACUUGUGCGUCUUGCUCGUGGUGUUCAGGCUGUUGCUGAGGCCGUCGGCUUGGAGACCGAGCAAAGCGGAGCUAGCCCCGAUGGCAAGGUUCUCUUUGACACCGUUGUUAUCAAGGCCGGCGACCGCGCCCAGAAGCUCCUUGAGGAGGGAAAGAACGCUGGCCUGGGUUUCCGUGAUUACGGAAACGGUGAUGUUGGCAUCAGUGUCAACGAGCACGUCAACGAGGAGGUCUUCAACUCCAUCGCCGCUGUUCUCGGAAAGGUUACCGGUACCCAGGCGACGGAUGUUGCAAGCAAGUCUUACGCUGCUCUCACCGAGAGCAUUACCGACCUGCUCCCUGAAUCCCUGCGUCGUCAGUCUGAGUAUCUCACCCACCCCGUCUUCAACACCCACCACAGCGAGACCGAGAUGCUCCGCUACAUCCACCACCUGCAAUCCAAGGACUUGUCCCUCGUUCAUUCCAUGAUUCCCCUGGGUUCUUGCACCAUGAAGUUGAACAGUGCCACUGAGAUGGCCCUCAUCUCUCUGCCCGGCUUCUCCACGAUUCACCCCCACACUCCCGCCAGCGAGCUCAAGGGCUACACUGCCUUGAUCGAGAGCUUGUCUGAGCAGUUGAAGGGCAUCACCGCUAUGGACGCCGUUUCUCUGCAGCCCAACUCUGGUGCUCAGGGUGAGUUCGCUGGUCUGCGCGCCAUCCGCAAGUACCUCGAGGAGAAGCCUGGCGGCGAGAAGCGUGACAUCUGCUUGAUUCCUGUUUCCGCCCACGGCACCAACCCCGCUUCUGCUGCCAUGGCUGGCAUGCGCGUCGUGCCCAUCAAGUGCGACCCUACCACCGGAAACCUGGUCCUUGAGGAUCUCGAGGCCAAGUGCAAGCAGUACGCCGACCAGCUCGGCGCCUUCAUGGUCACAUACCCCAGCACCUACGGUGUCUACGAGCCCGGUGUCAAGAAGGCCUGUGAGCUCGUCCACAAGUACGGUGGUCAGGUUUACAUGGACGGUGCCAACAUGAACGCCCAGAUUGGCAUCUGCUCCCCUGGUGAGAUUGGCGCUGACGUGUGCCAUCUUAACCUCCACAAGACCUUCUGUAUCCCUCACGGUGGUGGUGGCCCCGGUGUUGGCCCCAUCUGCGUCAAGGAGCACCUCGCCCCUCACCUUCCGGCUCGUGCCGCCGAUGCUGAGCAAGCCAUGGUCUCCAGCGCUCCCUAUGGUAGUGCCGGUAUCCUGCCCAUCAGCUGGGCUUACAACGCGCUCAUGGGCAACGACGGACUGCGUCUCGCCACCAAGACCGCCAUCCUGAACGCCAACUACAUCCUCUCCCGCCUUAAGCCCCACUACAAGAUUCUCUACACCAACGAGAAUGGCCGUUGCGCACACGAGUUCAUUCUCGACGCCCGCCCCUUCAAGGAGACUGCCGGCGUCGAGGCCAUUGACAUCGCCAAGCGUCUGCAAGAUUACGGUUUCCACGCCCCGACCAUGAGCUUCCCCGUCGCCAACACUCUCAUGAUCGAGCCGACUGAGAGUGAGAGCAAGGAGGAGCUUGACCGCUUCAUCGACACCCUCAUCAGCAUCCGUCAGGAGAUUCGUGAGGUCGAGGAGGGCAAGCAGCCCAGGGAGGGCAACGUGCUCAAGCUGGCACCUCAUCCCCAGCACGAUGUCAUUCUUGGUGACGGCGAGGGCAAGUGGGACCGUCCUUACUCCCGUGAGAAGGCUGCCUACCCCCUGCCCUUCCUCAAGGAGAAGAAGUUCUGGCCCAGUGUGGCUCGCGUUGACGACACAUACGGUGACACCAACCUCUUCUGCACGUGCCCUCCUGUCGAGGACACGACGCAAAACUAG